AUGGAAAAGGCGCUGAAGACGGCAGUCCGCCAACGAGCGCAGAUCAACGCCAAAUUACUGCGAAUCGAGCAGACGCUGCAGGAAACGAAAGAGCCAACCGUUUCCCAGCUGAAGGUGCUCGCCAAAAACGUCGCGACUGUGUACGCGGAAUUUAGUGCCAUACACACCACCAUCGUAGGCCUAAUUCCAGACAGCGCAAUGGCAGAGCAGGACGGCGUAUACGACGAGUUCGAGGAAGUGUUUUACGAGGCGUCCAAUAGAAUCGAGGAGUUGCUGCUUGCUGCGGAAUCGAAGACCAAGAACAACAUGUCUGCCGCGGCGCAAGUCAUCAUCCAGCAGCAACCGCUUAAGGCACCGAUCCCGACUUUCGACGGCACAUACGCUGCAUGGCCCAAGUUUAAGGCCAUCUUCGAAGACCUGAUGGCCAAUGCCGGCGACAGUGAUACUAUGAAGCUGUAUCACCUUGAAAAGGCAUUGGUCGGCGAGGCUGCAGGUGCAAUCGAUGUCAGCAUUCUCAACGCUGGCAAUUACAAGCAAGCCUGGGAGAUUCUGACGGAGCGCUUCGGCAAUCAUCGAGCCAUAGUGGACAGCCACAUCCACGGAUUGCUGAACCUCAAAAGGAUGACGUCAGAAAACUUCCACGAGCUAAGAGCUCUAGUCCAAGAGACUUCCCGGCAUGUGGAAAGUCUCAGGUUCCUAAAACAAAACCUGGAAGGAGUGUCGGAACCAAUGGUAGUCCAUCUGUUGGUUUCGGCUUUAGACAAAUCAACCCGAAAAGCCUGGGAAGGGACGCAGCGGAAAGGUGAGCUGCCCCGUUACGAGCAGACGAUGGCAUUUCUAAAAUCCCGAUGCCAGAUUUUGGAAAAUUGCGCAGCAGCGUCAUCAUCUGCUCCUGUGGCCAAACUAAAGGGCAACCAUCCGCUUUCUCCGAGACAUCCAGCCCAGAAGAGCUAUACAGCAGCGGUCAUUCAGUGCGAAAUCUGUGGUAAGGACCAUCCUAAUAUAAAUUGCCCAGAACUGCUGAAAGGGACACCACGGGAAAGAAGUAACACCGCACAAAAGGCAGGACUAUGCUUCAACUGCCUGCGGAAGGGACAUCAGUUACGGGAAUGUCCCUCCAAGAGAAAGUGCUACAAGUGCCAGCGUCGCCAUCAUACGCUCCUGCACGAGGACGUAGCACCCACCGGCCAGCCAACUAUUUCCAUGGCAGCAGAAGUAGAACCUCAACCUCCGAACCCAAGAGUGCACCCUCCAUCGACAGCGGCAGAGUACGGCGGACCAGUGGUACGAGAACAACUUUCGACGGCAUGUGCAUCGCAAACCAUCAAACCCAGUAAGAACGUCCUGCUGUUGACUGCCGUGGUCAACGUGCUGGACGCCAAGAACCAGCCACAUCGCUGCCGCGUCCUCCUAGACAGCGGUUCUCAGGUCAAUUUCCUUGCUGAGGAAAUGGCCAACCGUCUAGGACUGCCAAAGAGACCGGCAAACGUUCCGAUCGUGGGAAUCAACGCGUUGCGCACGCUCGCUCGCGACAAGCUGACCGUUACAAUACAAUCCCGGGUGAACAGUUACCAAACAAGCUUGGAAUGCUUGGUAACUCCAAAAAUAACUGGCACGAUCCCGUCGUGCAACAUCAACAUCGACAACUGGGACAUUCCGGAGGGAAUAACCUUUGCUGAUCCAACGUUCUACACGCCAGACAAGGUUGAUUUACUGAUCGGGGCUGAGUUGUUCUUCGAUAUACUCAAGCCAAGCCAACUCGAUCUUGCCGAUAAUCUACCUCGUCUGCAAGAUAGCCAGUUUGGUUGGAUUGUGUCCGGAGCCAUAGUAGAGCAGCAGAUUACCAUCCCAGCCAUAUAUUCCCACCACGCUUUGGUCGACAUCGAAAAAAUGAUCCAGCAGUUUUGGCAGAUUGAAGAGGUUCCAGACGUCCCGGAACGAUCCAUCGAAGAAGUGGAGUGCGAGAACCAUUUUCUAACUACAUAUAAAAGGGAUGAAUCUGGAAGGUUCAUUGUGCGACUUCCGUUUAACAAACAACAAACCCUGUUGAACAAUGGUCGCACAGUAGCCCUUAAACGGUUUAUGAUGUUGGAGAAACGACUGCUUCGCAACCCAGAGCUACAACAACAGUAUGUGGAGUUCAUCCGAGAGUACGAAACUCUAGGGCACUGCCGACAAAUCCGUGAAUCCGACGAUGUACCCAACCAGCUGUCCUACUAUCUGCCACACCAUGCGGUUUUGCGGCCAUCUAGUUCAAGCACGAAAUGCCGAGUCGUGUUUGACGCCAGUGCAAAGGCAUCUCCAGCCGAGUUAUCGCUCAACGACGUGCUGCAUCCACACCGCCCUUCGUGGGCCAGCGAGGACUCGGACGGAGAGGAAAGUGAAUGUGAUGACGAACAAAGGUCCGGGUUGCUUCGGUUUCGUUCCGGAUCUCCACGACCAGAUCUACCGGGAGUAGACACGGUAGACCCAUCGUUGGUUCCCGGCUACGUCCGGCUACAGGAAGAAUACAUAGAACCAUUGGUGGUUGUGAUGGACCGCGAACUAUAG